UUUUUUUUUUUUUUUUUUUUCUGAGAAAACACAAAUGCUCAAGUCCGCCACCACUUUUGGUCUGGUUCUGGCGCUUGUUGCGUGCGCAGCGAUUGCGGCGCCGCUCGCCCCUGCAGCUGAUCCCGAGAAGCCGAUCUGGCCCAUCCAGUUCGAUGUGCCGUUCGGGCUGAACUGGGUUGGCGGCACGCUGAUCAACAACGCGAGCUCGCACUUUUACUACAACUUUGACUUGGAGGCGCAGGUCAUCCAGUACGACACGCACUGCUUCCCCCUCGCUCACUGGAACGCCGUCUUCUACCCGUGCAAGCUGUACUUUACUGCCAAGCCCGCCAUCUACCUUGCUUCGCCCGCGAACGGCAUUGACUGCUGCCUGUUCCAGGACGGCGUUGGCACUGUCCCCCCGAACUUUUUGGGCGGCUUCAACUACUCUGGCUCGACCCAGAUCAUCAAGGAUUACUAUGGCGUCAGCCACAACACCUACCACUGGAAGGGCAUUGAGGACUUUGGCUACUGGACUGAUGUCUCGAGCGAGGUUGAUGUUCAGUUCCAGGACGGCCCCACUGGCGUCCACUGGAACUUUGGCAACUUCAACGUCGUCAACCAGACUGCCUCCAUCUUUGCCUUGCCCGCCGGCAACUGCGAGACCAAGUGCAACUUUUUGCUUGAGAAGAGCGGUGCCUCCGGCAUUACCUCCAAGCUUGUCGACCCCAUGCUCAAGCUUGCGCAGACUGUCCAUCAGAUGAUGAACUAAACUUGGAGUGCAAGUUCUCGAGCUGUACUCCAGCAACGGGGCUUCCUAUUGUAAAAGAAAUAUAUCUGCACUGCUUUGUGA